ACUUCAUGACGUUCAUGUCAAAUCUUGAAAAGUCUUGAACUUCGUUUCUAACGGGUGUUUUUCUCUCGAAAUGAAUUCAGAAUUAUUGGCCGCUACAGAACCAAUGGACGGUUUCAAAUCAUGGGCUUUGCAGAUGGGCUGCCCAGUAAAUGCAUUACCUGGUGAUGCAGCGUUGGAUCGAUUAAUAAAGUCGAAUCUGGUAGACGUGCAAAAGUUGAUGACUGGCUGGAGACCCAGAUCUGAGGUGAAACUAUGUCGAGACAACUUGCUGGUAUCAAGUGUGCCGAAUUCGAACGGAUUGUUGGAGAGGCAACAGAAUCAGCCAAAUAGUUGGAACGAUUUGAAACGAAAGGAAAAGAUUAGCCGUCAGAUCGACGAAUUGAAACCGCGCACUGAGCGGCUAAGGGCUGAGUUCAGAGACAAGAAAUCGUCUUUGUUCGGAAAAGCUGAGCAAUUGACGGAAGUGAAGAGAACCCAUCGCAGCACCAAAGCCAAAUCCAUCCAGAUGGAACAGAAACAUGCUCAGUUGAUCGAAAAAAUCGAGGUGGAAAAGGGAUUCGAAAAAAUAUUAGCAAGCGGUAUGGCUGUUCCAAACGACGUCACUACGACUUGCAAAAGUGAAACUGAGAACGGGAUUAGGAAGUCAUUGCAAUAUCUGAGGAGUGUCUAUGCAGAAAUUGGCGACCGUGAGUUAUCCAAAGCCGACAGAGAUGAAGUGCAACGGGAAAUCAAGAAGACCCUGGCCGAUUUUCCAGUCAUGACAGCUUACGAAGCAAUGAAAAGCUAUCAAGAAAUGAAUGUCGCCCGCUUUAAUUCAAUUUACCAACCGCCUAAAGCUCCCAUUCCAUCAGCCUUUGAUGUGGCACUCACCAAAUCGCGUGUCCGAAUGUACGUGGACCACCACCUAGCAAGAAAGAAACUGAAGGACGAGUACUCAGCUCGUGUAGAGCAAUACGUUCAGUUGUACGAUCAAUACUUGGAACGCAUGGUGAACGAAAUGAAUUCCUUCAACGAGCCGGACGUGGAGCUGUUUGCCGAUUCCAUUUGCGGUGAUUAUCUGAAGGAAUACGGUACGUCGAUCGGCAAUCAGGCAAUGCUACAGUUUAAACAGCAAAAAUUGUCGAAUCUUCAACAACGCGUCACGGAGCGUGAUGAUCAAUUGAAAGGCUACGACGUGGUGGCAUCAGAAUUGACGAACAUGUAUCAGAUAAACGAACAGACGUACAGUGCGGCGUAUGAUGAUAUUGUGGUGCUGGGCGACACCACCAAGAGCUUGAAACAGUUGCAGGCGUUGUGUAUCUACACGAUCAACAGUUUCGGACAGCGGAGCAAAUUCAAUCCAUCAACCAAUCUGCUGAAUGCUACAUUAGGGCCAGUAGUAUCUUCGAUGACGUUGAAAUCGGCUGAGUACAAAAACGAGCUUUUACUCCUCUCCAAUUUGAUACACAAGCAUUGGAACCAGUUGCCUGCUUCAAUGGAUGUCCAAUGUCAACGACCCAACGAAGCAAUUUCACCGUUCUACACACUGUUGACACCUAACGGAUCCUUAAAGCUGUUGAAGAAUCGAUGGACUUGGCAUAAGGCCAUCGAAAUCCUUACGCAGUCGUUAGAUGUCAAUAUAUCGGUUCCUCACGUUGCUGAUGCGGAGUCAGUUGCCGCCAAUUUGAAUGCAGAAAAUACAAAAAUGGCUAAAAUCGUGGACGAAAUUCGCUUCAUGUACCAAACGGGAAAUCAAACCGUUGCGGAAAUUCGGAAAUAUUUACAAUUUUUACUGGACACGUCGUUGGGAUCGCUUAUACCGGAAAGUCUCAUGAUAAACCGGCGCACUUUCCGCGAUUACGAAGAAGAGUUUCUAUUCGCUUGCAGUUUGAUAGCUAAUUCGAUGAAAAGAAACUGAACAAGUCUUGCUCAUCGGAAAAUAAAUUUAAUUUUGCAUUUUGUCACAAAU